AUGCUGCGUUUUCUGUGCUUCACGAACUCCAGUGUUCUUCGUCCAGUGGAUCCCAUACGAACUGCUCUGUGCCGUGCCUCAGCUGCAGCUGCACCGGUCCCGGCAGCCAAGAAGCCGUCGCUUUCGAAGCCAGGCCGUCCGAAUAUUGUACUGGUGGAUGCUGUGCGGACGCCAUUCUUGCAGUCUGGAACCGCCUUCAGGAACAUGAUUUCCAAUGAUCUGCAAAAGGCCGCGCUUUUAGGUUUCAGUUUUUUUUUCACGUUUGUGCAUGCUUUUUUCUUAAUUCUCCUCAAUUUCUAUUGUAUUUGGAUCAAAUUUCGAGUACCAAUUUGUCAGCACAAUGUUUGGCUCAACAUAUCACUGCUAAGCAUUUCCUGUCCUACCUUCAGCAUUGUUACUGGCAUUACCUCUCUUCUUAUGCGCACCCACACUAAGCUGAAUUAUUCAGUUUUAACUGAUCUGAAAAUGUUUUAUCGAAAUUCGAGCACUGCUUGCUUUGCAGCUUUGGUGGAUCGGACCAAAGUGAAUAUGGAUGAAGUGGGGCACAUUGUAUGUGGUACUGUGAUCCAGGAAUGCAAAACCAGUAACGUGGCCCGUGAGGCUGCUCUCACUGCUGGAUUUUCGAAUAAGGUACCCACCAAAAUUGCUGUCGUCAACUUUGGUGAUAUUUUGACAAAAGUGCACUUAGCUCAUCGCAUUUCAAACGUAAUCACAACGCUACCAUUUGAAAGGCAUUACAGUCAGGGCCUUAUCGUUUGA